CCCAGGCAAGUGAGGAAGUACGGACCCCUCUUGAGAGACUUAUUGACACCCUCAUCCUCCAUCAUGGCAUCUGCAGCAGAUUGGAAGCUGCAAAUGGACGCUGCCCCUGAGGCAGAGAAAGCGCAAUACCGGUUCUUCUACAAGAAAGCAUUGAAGAGGGAGGAGGAAGAGAAGGAGAAGGAGAGGGAGGAGAAGGUAAAGGCUCAUGAAGCCAUCUUUUGUACCUUACCUGCCCUAACCGAUGAGGAGGUGGAAGAGAAAACCGUUCCACUCCUCCAGGCUUUGGUGGAUGUCCGGACUGUUGAGGACCACGCUGGCCAACUCGCCAAAGUAUUCGACGAGCUUAAGAAGUUGCGCGAGGACAUGGCCCUGAUGGCGCAGCAGCACCGUGACCAGCUGCAACAACUUGCUAAUGUGCAGCCAGCCCAAAGCACCCUUCCAUCUACCUACCCUGCUUCAAGUGCUGUGUGUCAGUCUGUUUUUGCCCCUCUAAAUGUGUCUUCUUCUACUUCUUCUUCAUCCUUGAGUGUGGCUAACAGCCAAUCCGGAUCUGCAGCAGGUCCAAACCCCGCUGCUGCUGCUGCUGCUGCUGCCGCAGCGGCAAGUGGUGGUGCAGGGAAUUCUGGAACUGUUGCAGCCCCGGGCCCGGACCCAGCAAUGGCUGGGCCAGGCGGUAGCUUUGCUUACAUCGACAGGAAGGCGGCGCAGAUUCCGUCCAAGUAUGACGGAAAGGACGACAUCGAGUCUUGGAUCAGCUCCAUGCGAUCCUACUUUAAUGUAUUGGGGACACCCCCGUCCACUCAGUCGUCUAUCCUAGGGACCAAUGUGGAGCCCGUCGUGAGACGUUUUUUGGAAACCCAAGCUAUCCAAUCAGGCUAUAAGAGAAUAAACCUGAAAAAAUGGCUAAAGGCUACGCCUACUGCCGCACUUGAGGAUCUCUUGAUCAAACAAUAUGCUGAUCCACAUGCUGCAGCUAAAGCAAGACUUAAGCUUGACAAGCUCAAGCACAGCAAGUGAAUCGACACCAUGCACAACCUACAGCAGUAUGUUAGUAAACUCUUUGCUACUCC